ACACACACACACACAAAGUAAACAGGAUUUCCUGACUGAAACCAUCAGCAAAUUAAUGGUAGCAAGUCUGAGCUGCCAAGUCUUUGAAAGAAACUUCACGCUUCACACCUUACUGUAGUUCCAUGCACGAAGAUUUCCACUUAAGGUAACCACUUUUCCAGUGAUCCAGAGCCCUUCCCAGGAAGAAUGGUACAGGGUACAAUCCAUCCAUUCAUCACACUCAAGCACACACUGUAUUCACCCAAACAUUCACCAGAGGAAAGCUCACAAAAACACAGGCAAAGCACCACCUUCUGCAGACACAACAGCAAUCAUUCACAGUUCAUAUUCAAAUGGACUGUUUCUAUUUUUAAUUACUUUUGCAUGCAUCUCAAACUGUGUUUGACAUUUGCAAGGAUUUUGAACAAAUCAAAACAUCACUAGAUAUUUUUUUGCAUGUAUUGUGAAAUAAAGUCACAUGAUAUGUAGUAUGCUUGGUAUGCAAAUACUUUGCUGAAAAUCAAUUGACAUUAACAUUGAUAGAACACCUUAGUGGUACUGCAGGAUGCAUCCCCCACAAAGGCUGACAUCAGUAAGCUCUCAUAUGACACUGUACCGCACUCUGCAUGUUACUUUGUCGACAGGAACAGAGAUAGUGGGGCUUUGCUCAUUGUAAUAUUGGUGAGUACUGAGCUCAUGCAGUGUGUAGCUACCAUCACAGACGUAACGGAUUGAAAGAUACUGACGACAAUAAUAAUUGACAUUUCUAGAGGGAUAGUGAACCAUGACUAGCACCAAUACUACGCCCAGUAUCAAUGGCAGUGACGACUAUUACACUCUGGACAACGCCACCUCUGAAUACACCUAUGAGUAUGACUAUGAGGAUUUUGCACCAUGCAAGUAUGACAGACACAGCGCUGUUUUCCUGCCUGUGUUUUAUUCCCUGCUCUUCGUGUUCGGGGUAAUCAGCAAUGGCCUCGUUGUGUGGGUCAUGUUGAUGUCUGUGAAGCUUCAGAGCAUCACAGACAUUUGUCUCCUGAACCUGGCUGGAGCGGAUCUUCUGCUACUCAUCACCCUGCCCUUCCUGGCCCACUACUCGAGAGCGGACUGGGUCUUCGGUCCUUUCACGUGCAAAGUCGUCAUGAGCAGCUACUACAUUGGCUUCAACAGCAGCAUCUUCUUCAUCAUAAUCAUGAGCAUCGACCGCUAUCUGGCUGUAGUUCAUGCAGUGAGUUCCCUCAAAACCAGAACACGCAGAUAUCAAGCCAUCAUGAUUGCUGUAACCUGGAUCGUAGGACUUUUGGCUUCAUUUCCUGAAAUAACGCUCAUUGAUGUUCAUUUACAAAAUCACACAAGCUUGUGUGAAGUUGGUUAUAAAAGUAAGGCACACCUGAGAGCAUUUGGCCUGUUUAAAAUGAAUGUGACCAGCCUUCUGAUACCAUUUUUCAUCAUGGUGGUUUGCUACUCGAUGAUCCUGAGGAGAAUACUCCUCUGCAAGUCAAAAAACAGGACCACUAUACGUCUCGUGCUACUGGUGGUCAUGGUGUUCUUCUGCUGUUGGACCCCCUACAAUGUUGCAUCUUUCUUCCAGGCACUAGAAGUGCUCAGUAUCUACACAGCAUGUGAAUCCAGCAAAGCCAUUCAGUUGAGCCUGCAGGUGACGGAGGCUCUAGCCUACUCCCACACCUGCUUGAAUCCCAUCGUUUAUGUCUUUGUGGGCCAGAAGUUCAGGAGGCACCUGUUUAAACUCAUAAUGCAUGUAUGAUAAGUUUAUGAUUUCCAGUGUUGCAUCAGAGUCAAGCAAAUCUCAU